GCCAACGAAACUGAAAUACGUUUCGAAAUCAGACAUAUUUGCAAUAAGGUUGAGCAAUUACAGCUCCUCGAGAUUAGAUCACAACAGAAUCGUCAGAGCGACUUGCUGAAUCAGCUAAUGGGUAAAGUCAAUGAAUCAACAAUGGAACAGAAUAGCCAGAGGAACUUGUCAAAUAAUGUUCUGGGUAUGCUCAAUGAGCUGAGUGAGAAGUUUAAUAAGGUGACAAACUUGGAGCACAAUAUCAAAAUAUAUAAAGCAGAACAGAUUCGUCAGGGGAACUUUCUGGAGGAGCUUAUGAGUAAAAUCAAAGAGUCGAUAACAGAACUGAUUAAUCAGAGAACCUUGCUGAAUGAGAUUGUGGGUAAAGUCAAUGGGUCGACAACCGAUCGGAUUUGCCAGAGCGAUUUGCUGAAUAAGUUGACAAGCUUGGACCCAAUUCAAAUUCACGAUCGCUCUGGGGACAAUUGUGCCUGCGUAUAUAAAGGCGCCUGGUGGUACCAUGACUGUCAUAACAGCAAUCUGAUGGGAAAAUACAAUGAAAAACAAUAUGGCAAAGGCAUUAAUUGGGAGACCUUCACCAAUUUCGAGUCCUCAUUAAAACGUGUCCAGAUGAUGAUAAGACCAAGAAGGAAAUGAAAUAGUUGCUGAACACAUUUUCUUUGCUCUAGAUAGACUUUACUUUAUUUACAAGCGGUUAACUGUAAUUUUAACAUGAAUUUCAAUUUAGUUUUCAAAUUCAGAAGAUGUAUUGAUUUGCAGGCUAAAUA